AAAGAAAUUGAAGUAAUCACUUUGUGCUCUUUAUUCUUAUACUUCGAGUGAUCCUACAAUUCAAGACUUCCCAUCUACGAGGAAAUAAGCUUCUGGGUUUAGUUUGUCUGAGAAAUGCUUCCAUUACAGAAUAGGUUUAGGGUGUUCAUCAAUAACCGAUGGCUUGUGUUCGUGGCUGCAAUGUGGAUUCAGUCUUGCACGGGAAUCGGGUACUUGUUUGGGAGUCUCUCACCGGUGAUAAAGAAUUCUCUGAACUACAACCAGCGGCAGAUUGCCACGUUGGGUGUAGCCAAGGAUCUUGGGGAUAGUGUGGGAUUCCUUGCUGGCAGUUUGUAUGGAGUCUUGCCUAUUUGGGGGGUUCUACUCAUCGGUGUUAUUCAGAAUUUUAUUGGGUAUGGAUGGGUUUGGCUGAUCGUAACCAAGAGAGUGCCAACUAUGCCUUUGUGGGUGAUGUGCAUUCUUAUAUUUGUGGGAACCAAUGGUGAGACCUAUUUCAAUACGGCGGCUCUAGUUUCAUGUGUGCAAAACUUCCCCAAAAGUCGAGGUCCUGUGGUGGGGAUUCUGAAGGGGUUUGCUGGGUUGAGUGGUGCAAUUUUGACUCAGAUAUAUGCCAUGAUCAAUGCCCCUGAUGGUGCAGCAAUGAUCUUCAUGGUUGCUGUUGGGCCAACCAUGGUGGUUAUAACAUUGAUGCUCAUUGUUAGGCCUGUUGGAGGUCACAAACAGGUUCAUCCAUCGGAUGGUUUGAGUUUCACAUUUAUUUACAGUGUGUGCCUCCUUUUGGCUGCUUAUUUGAUGGGGAUCAUGAUCGUUGAAGAUUUGGUCGAUCUGAACAAGACUGUUAUCACCUUAUUCACAAGUAUUUUGUUUAUUCUCCUUUUGCUUCCUAGUGUAAUUCCCAUUCUAUUCAGCUUUUCAUCAGAACAAAAACCCACUGAAGAGAGCCUUCUCUUUGAGCCUCAAAAAGAAGAAUCUAGCAAAUCUGGCCAGGAUGUGAAUGAGGUUAUUUUAAGUGAGGUGGAGGAUGAGAAGUCGAUGGAAGUAGACUUGCUUCCUGCAUCAGAGAGGCAAAAGCGAAUUGCACAGUUGCAAGCAAAACUGUUCCAAGCAGCUGCAAAAGGGGCAGUGAGAGUCAAGAGAAGGAAAGGUCCACGUAGAGGGGAGGAUUUCACAUUGAAGCAGGCAAUGAUAAAGGCAGACUUUUGGCUUAUCUUCUUCUCUCUUCUGUUGGGUGCGGGAUCUGGUUUGACUGUGAUUGAUAAUCUGGGUCAGAUGAGUCAGUCUUUGGGGUAUGACAAUACACAUGUAUUCGUGUCUAUGAUCAGCAUUUGGAAUUUUCUUGGCCGUGUAGGUGGCGGUUACUUCUCUGAAAUUGUUGUGAGGGAUUAUGCAUAUCCAAGGCCAGUGGCCAUGGCUAUAGCUCAAGGCUUCAUGGCAGUUGGGCAUUUCUUCUUUGCUAUGGGAUGGCCUGGUGUGAUGUAUGUUGGUACCCUGCUGAUUGGACUAGGUUAUGGAGCUCAUUGGGCAAUUGUUCCAGCAGCAGCCUCAGAAUUGUUUGGCUUGAAAAAUUUUGCAGCUUUGUACAAUUUCCUCACACUGGCAAAUCCUGCUGGAUCAUUGGUCUUCUCUGGUCUCAUUGCUAGCAGCAUAUAUGAUUACGAAGCGGAGAAGCAAGCUCACAUGCCUCCACCCCAAAAUUCUUAUGGUCUCCUUCAUAAGAUGCUUGACAUAACACUUGGUGAAAAGGCAUUGAAGUGCAAUGGUACCAUAUGCUUCUUCCUUACUUCCCUGAUAAUGUCUGGACUUUGCAUCAUUGCAGUCGUGUUGAGUUUGAUUCUUGUCUAUCGCACCAAGAUUGUCUAUGCAAACCUUUAUGGAAAAUCCCAUACUUAGAGUUGGAAAGAGAGAACUAUGCUAGUUAUGGUUUCUGUUAUGAAAGUGCAAUUUGAUCUGUGUUCCAUAUGUCAGCCUUGUCAUUGCUUAUAUAAGGUUGUAGAGAUUCCUCACCAUGUACCUGCCUUUGUGGAGAUUCCUCACUAUGUACCUGCCUUUGUUUGGAAAGGAAUAUCUGUCGAGGGGAAGAAGCAACUGAUGUGCACAUCAUCCCCAGAAUCUAAAACCAAGGACCGAAAAUGGGGUUCUGCCUGUCUAAUGUAGUCUCGGUGUUUCUUUCGUUAGGCCAAAUUGUGUAAGUGGUGCAAAUCAUACUGUGGUUCUGCUUAGUGACCCGUGAGACCUUUUGGCAUCUAUAGGUCUCAUUCAUUGUGUAUAAUAAGCGAGGAGCUUUUUAUGUCAUUUGAGUAAUUGGAAAUUGGUCCUCAUGGAUCAAAGCGAAUGAAAAUACUCUAUUUCGUUAUU